GGCUGGCCGGGCGCCCGCGCUGCCGCUUCCCGCGCGGUGCAGGCCGGGACGGAUCCGGUUCCGUGAAGGAAGCGCGCGGUGCCCGCCGGGAUAGAUCCGGCUGUGCCGCCCGUCGCUCCCGGUCCGCGCCGCUGGCCCCGCUCCGGGCUCGGUUCCCGCCGCUCUCUCCGCCGCUGUCUCCGCCCCAGCUUCCUUCCCCGCCGGUGUUUCUCCCCCAGGCCGCGGCCCCCACUCACCGCCCGCCGUCAUGGCGAUGCAAGCAGCCAAACGAGCCAACAUCCGGCUCCCUCCGGAGGUCAACCGGAUCCUGUACAUCAGGAACCUGCCGUACAAAAUCACGGCCGAGGAGAUGUACGACAUUUUUGGGAAGUACGGGCCCAUCCGGCAGAUCAGAGUUGGGAAUACCCCAGAGACCAGAGGAACAGCCUACGUGGUCUACGAGGACAUCUUCGAUGCCAAGAACGCCUGUGACCACCUGUCGGGGUUCAACGUGUGCAACAGAUACCUCGUGGUUCUGUACUACAACGCCAACAGGGCAUUCCAAAAGAUGGACACAAAGAAGAAAGAAGAACAGCUUAAGCUUCUCAAGGAAAAAUAUGGAAUUAACACAGACCCACCAAAAUAAACUGAUCCUUUUUGAAAAACUGUUUUCGAGCCCUGUCAUGGAGUUCUUGGCCUAAACAUAGGAAUUCUUAACAGAGUGUAAUUUUUUUCUGUUAUGAAUUUGAUAAGCUGCAAUAUGAGUUUUUAUAUCUUUAGAUUAGGAUUAAAUAAAUGUAGAACAUAGGGAGAUCUGCUUUAAGGUUAAAUCCCCCAAGACGACAUGGCUUCCCUGUGCUGAGGGUGACCUGGUAAAGGCUGCAAUGUCCUGUUUCUAGCAGGAGCUUUCAAGAAGAGACUGAGCAGGUUCUGUGUUUGACUGAACAAAGCAAGCCCAAGCCCUUGUUUGUAACAAAGUUUCUUUCACAAACUGUAGAAGAUGAACGACUUUCAAAAGGAUCCACCUGAUAAAGGGACUCCAAGUACCUUGUUCCCAGUGAUGGUACCAGCUCUAAUCAGCUGCAGUGAAACAGCUCAGCUCUCACAUUACCAAAAAAAAGUGUAUGGGGGCUUUGUUUUGUGUCCCAGGUUUGGACUGAGGAUUUGGUAUGAAUUGAAGAACACGUGACCAAAAUGAGACAGUAGAUGAAGGUUUUCAUUUUGAUACCUGUAGUGUGAUUGUUUUCUACUUGGCAUGGUUGAACUGUAACACAUUUUCUGUACAUAGAUUUUUAGGUGUAGCAUGUGGUAGAGGAAAAAAUUUACAUUUUUUGGGCUAUUUUCAGUACUCAUGUCCUGUGUAUAAAAAUGAGUGUGAUCCAGGCUAUGCAUAGCCAGUAUCUUUUGGAAGUGGGAAAGAAUAACCUCUGCCUGUGUUCUGAACCAGCUGGAAGUUGUGUGAAUGUGGGAAGUAUCCUGCCUUGGGAGGAUUUAUUUGUGUGGAUGUGAUAUUCCACUCCCUGACCAGACAGCUUCCAGCCAGUGCAGAACCAGGGCAGAUAACUAUAUACUUUGCCUGGAAUUUGUAAUCCAGUUUGUUUUUCAGUGCAUUGUACUGUUAUAGAGAAAUGCUUCCACUUUCUGAAAUUACUUUUUUGUUGAAAUAUGUCACUUCAGGAACAAUGCUGUGUUAAUUUGGUGAAAAAAUAAAUGCAUAUUUUGCUUCUUUUGAUCAAGGCUCUGCUGCUCCUGCCUGUAACCUGCGCUGUUAGAUGGGAGUAAUUUAUCACCCGAGUGUUUGAUGCAGGCAGGAGCUGCAGCACAUCCAUCCCUGUGUGUGACAGGAGGGUGCCCAGCUGUGGGAACAAUGCCCACAUCCCAGCUGGAGGAGAUCCCUGGAGCUGCCCUGUGCUGGGCACCUCCUUUGGCAGCUGGAAGGGGCUCACUGCAAUACUCACAUUUACUAGCUGGAACCAAUGAGAAACUAAACACUCAUCAUUUUUCACUAAAUGGUCCUAUUUUCUUCAUUCCUCAAAUAAACAAUUACAAAUUAAUAAAUCAGAUGCUACAAAGAAAAGGUCAGUAAUGGCUUUUGAAGAGUGAGCUCCAAGCCAGCUCUGGGGGAAAGCAGCCACGAUGGCUGAGGUGUGAUUUCAGCUUUGGGUGGGUGCUUGAAGUCCUAUCCUGUGCCUGACCCUGGAGCACACUGGAACAGAUCUGCCCUGCCUUCCCUUGCACACAGGCACUGGGGAUGCGAGCCAGAGCCAUGCUUAAUGCACAAUUCCCCCAAAUCUGCAUCUGUUCCUUGAAACUGAUGCUGUUUUUGCAGCAAGAAGCCUUGCAGGCUGCAGUAACCACAGCUGAGGUCAGGAGCAGGCACUGGGAGGCUUGGAGCCCAGAAGCUGGGUUAGGGGAGCAGUCCCUCCAUGGCCAGCCUGGCUUCCAUCAGGUUAGGUUAACACAAGCACACAAACCUCAGGCAAGAACCAGGUUGCAUUAAAAAUCUUUAAAUGAAUUAAAUCCUGCUGGAGGAUUUGCUCCUAUAUGAGCAUCCAUAGCUUUUCAAGGGUUACAAACUGCUCUGCCCCCAAAUAUGUAUCUUUUAUAUAUAUAAAUAUAUAUAUUUAUAUGUGCCAUGUAUAUACAUACUCAUCCGUGUACCAAACACUUGGAUAACUGAAAUCAUUUAUACCAACUGCUGGGCAUUGAGAAGGCUCCUUGCUGAAACGAGAACUGGAGGUGCUUGUUGCCAUGCUGGAUUUAUGGUUCUGAUAAAUAAUGAACACUGAUAAUAAAUACCAGAGUGCCAAUAAUGGUGCUGCAUGCUGCCAGCCUUGUUUUAUAUCAUAUGCAAAUACCACAUUGCUUCUGUCAAUAGCAGAGAGCAUGGUGCUUGCACUGCGGUGUCUGUUUUGAUGAGAAUUUGAUGCUGUUUGAAAAACAUAUAUAAAAAGCAAUUCUUUAGGGUAAUAAGAUUAAUAAAAAUUCCUUCAAUGAA